CAUUAGGAUGUUGCUCACAAUGCUUCAGAUAAAACUCUACAAAACUUUUGGAAAUCAUGGAAGAGCAAAAAAUACAGAGCUCCCGAAAAAAUGGAUUUAUGGUGUUCCAUGGUUGAAUCCUGUACAUUUGAUAUCAGUUAGAAGUGUUAGCUCUCAACAGGCAUUGGAUCUAGAUUUCUCAGACCAUCAAAAAGUAUUCAGAUUUAAGAGCACUGGAGACUUACUCAGAAGUCUGGCUAUACUAAAAAUUUGCUCUAUCAACAGCUUUGUGGAAAAUGCUUUGCCAGUUAUGCGGAAAUGUGAGCAAUUAUUUGGCGAACGAAUGUUUGCAAUGGUUGCUCGGCCAACGUUCUACAGGCAAUUUGUUGGAGGAGAGACAGAGGAAGAACUAAGGCAUAGUGAACAGACUUUUUCACUGCAAUAUCUAAAACAUAGUGACAGGGAGUACUCUAUCAAAAGGAGACCAAGUUUUACAAUUUGUGUUUCAUUUUAUUAUGCAUAAAUUAUCUGAUAAAAAAGAGCUCGUAGCUGAUGUGAACCACACAAAUGUAAGACAGAAGGCUGAAAAAAUUCUCUCUACGGUCAACUCUGAAGUCACAUCCUGUAAUCAUGUGCUACUUCCAAGUCCCAGUUGCCUUGAGCCGGAAAUUUAAGAGAGUCUCGUUAAACGAAACUCCCGAGUUUGAUUUUUGAGGUCUUUGCAUUUGUGUAGAUUUUAAGUUAAGAAUUCAGAAAACAAAAGGAGAAUGUAAAGAAACCGCAUAAUAUUUCUAAUAUUUCUAAUAAUAUUUGUAUCUACUAAACUGCCUAACCCUCAUUCUGAAACCGAGUUUCCAAAACUGGGUUUUAUUACGAUACUUAAGUUUCGGGCUCUGAGUAAAAUUGUCAGGGUGCCCAACUCUAAAUUGUCAAAAAUCCACUGAAAGGCAAAUUUUUAUCCACAAAAUCCUCAAUAAAUAACUAAGAAAUCCCCAGAAAAUCCUGAAUUUUUCCUGCAGAAAACAGCUUUUUUAGAGUUUUUUGGGAGGGUUUAUGAGAGUUUUUAACAUUUA